AUGUUGAAUUCAACAACAUCAAAUCAAGAUGAAAUCAUCUUGAAAUCAUCAAGAAGGUUUGUGCUUACAGAUCAAGUGAAGGAUUUAGAAUCUGCUCCUAUUUAUAGACCUAAAAGAUCAAGUAAAAAAGUAAAAUUAUCACUUGUUACAAAUCAACCUUUUACUUAAUCCAAAAUUUGUUUUAUCUGUCGUAAGAGCUGCAUAAUUAAAUUAUGUAAAUGUGAUGAUGUAUAAUAUCAUCCUGAUUGUGUGAUUACUGAGAUGAAGAAGCCUUCAUCUUCAAUAUCAACACUACAAUGUCUUUUUUGUUUAUGUUUCUUUAAAACUGAAAUUAAAAAUAAAAAGUAUUUUCAUAUUCUCAAGUUUUAGAUUUCAUUAAAGAAAGAUAUAUCGAAAUUGUACAUUUAUGUUAGUUAUCUCAAUUACAAUUCUUUUCAUCAUAAUAGGAAUAUAAUGGGAUAAGAUUGCAACAUAAAUCAUAAUAUUUUUAUUUAUAAUCAAUAUAUUACUUUCUCUAAUUGCAUUAUAUUGCUACAAAAAGAUUUAUUACUUAGAGGUUGAUUGGAGACUAGUAACAGUAGAAAAUGAACCAAUAGACCUUGAUGGUUAUAAAAAUGCAAAAUUAAUAUAUUAGGCCUUUAAUACAAAUACUGCCCAUUACAUCUUUGAUACUGAAAUGCAAUGA